AGACUAAAAUCAGCGUUUCGUCUCUUAUUAAAUAGAUUAACGAUUAUAAUCUCUAUACAUAUACACAGUUGUAUUUCCUGUAUGAACUUUUGGAUUUCAGUAUGAAUUUCAGGCAAACACUAGUGGUAGUGUUUUAUCUUUUUAUUGGUGCAACGAGUUUACCUUGGUUCAAUAAAAAUAUCAAAGAAGUGAAAUGUGGAUAUAAGUCCUGCAAUCCUGUGAAAGAUGGUUUCAUUAAUGUCCAUAUUGUCCCACAUACCCACGAUGACGUAGGUUGGCUCAAAACAGUUGAUCAAUAUUACUACGGAAGUAACACAGCGACUCAAAAAGCCGGGGUGCAAUACAUCUUAGACACUGUAGUAGAUUCUCUAAGGAAAAGUGAAGACAGGAG